GACUGUCUUCAUUGGUCCAUUCGCUUAGCUGCGCUAUUUGCAGUUUCACAUGUAAGCGCAUCUACAGGAUUGACGAUGAACACAAGUUGGAAGCUAAUAGUCCACGGCAUAUGGUCUCGUUGAAUUUUUCCCUCUUAAGUUUACAAUCUUCCUCCAGAACAUCGUAUAAUGGGACGCCGGAGUCUUCGAACACAUCUAUCGUACGGUUCGGUGGCUAUCAAAUCCCGAGCUCGAUCGCUAAUUGAAGUCCGAACAAUUGGGAAUAGGAUCCAGCCGAAUAUUUAUUUGAAUAUCGUGACCGUUACCACAAAGUUAACCUCGCUCUUUUCGCCUACUUCAGCGAAGCUAGAGCGAAAGGAAUGCUCGGAUUCCCGGUAA